GGGGGUUGCAGAGUGAGGGACUAAACUCCACAGUGUUCCUGCAGCCGCCUGGUAAACACGAUGAGGUCUGCGCUGCUGCUGCUGCUGUUCCUCACCGUCAUCUCUGUCAGUGCUGCCGGGGGGAAGAAUAAGAAGGAGAAAAACAAACCCUCGCAGUCCGGGACAGGAUGCACUGACUGGCGCUAUGGCAACUGUGUCCCUAGCAACGGGGACUGUGGAACAGGGUUGAGGGAGGGGUCAUGUGACCAGCAGACCAAGAAGAUGAAAUGUAGAGUACCGUGCAACUGGAAGAAAGAGUUUGGAGCUGACUGUAAGUAUCGGUUCGGAAGCUGGGGAGAGUGUAACGCAAGCUCUGGCUUGCGGACCAGAACGGGGACACUGAAGAAGGCUCUGUAUGAUUCCCAGUGUCAGCAGAGUAUCUCUGUCUCUAAGCCCUGCUCUGGAAAAACCAAGACAAAAACCAAAGGAAAGAAGAGAAAAGCCAAGGGGAACUAGCUACAGGCUUCAGAGAGGAGGACAGAGUCUUCUGAGUCAAAGAACAGUUAGAAAUGAGACAGUAAGCGGCUGUCCUCUCACAGUGGCCCCACACUUCUACACAUCUAGCCUGAGUUUUAUACACAGUUUUGAAUGCACCCUUCAUCUAACAUGACAUAUUCUUCUGUAAACGUGCACUAAAUCUCUAGAUGAACACUAAUAAAGAGACCUGUAUCAGACAAA